AUGACCCUCGUCAAAAAUCCCACUCGAGUUACUAACGUUGGCUCGCGAACGCCUGCUCAAGCUUCAUCCUCCUCUUCAAUACCGUCAUCAUCAUCCAAUGAAAAACCUCUCCGACAUGUCUCAAGUGGCACUGAACGCGAGCGACAUCUUUCCAAACGCUCAACCACAGCAUCAACGAACAGCGUAAAGAUUAAACAAGAAAUGGUGAUGAAACAAGAGAACAAAACACAAAAACCGAUCAUUAAGAAUUCAAGAGCACGCACAUCCAAUUUGAAUAACCAUCAUAACACCAAUCCCAUGAAAAACCCAGAAAACAGGACGGGUGAUACCAGCGUGAUGAGGCCUCUGAAUGCACCCAUCUCCGAAGCUAUCCAGCAAAAGACCAUCAUGAUGAAACAACAACAACAACAAGUGCUCAACACUUCCACCAGCUCUGCACCCACACUGGCGGCUACGACAAGUACUUCUCAUUCCAAUUCUGUGGUGGUAUUACCAACAACAACCAUAACCCCUACGCAAGCUCCACAACAACGAUUGCCAUUGAAGCAGCUUCUCGCCCAACUCGCUUGCAUUGGAGAUCAACAACUAAAGCAAUCCCUUCAAUGCGUAUUGAAAGAGAUUGAUCAAUAUAUUGAAGAGUCAGCAUUCUCUACAAUUCCACACUUGGUCGAUCAUUUCAACAAGAUGCACAUUUCCGAGGAUGUGAACACCAUUGUGAAAGCCUUCCAAUAUUUGAAAAACUUGGCCACACAUGCAACUAAUAAGAUUCGAAUGAAUCCUCCCAAUGCCUAUUACGAUCUCAUGACUUGCUUACGAGUUGCCUAUCAUUUGAAUACGCUCCGAUGUCUCGACAAGAUUAUUGAGAGUGGAAGAAAUAAUUGCAUUCGUAGAUUUUUCCUUCUCAAUACCGAUUUAUCAUUGCUCUUUAAUGAAACACCAAAUAAGCAGAAUCUAAAGACUGAGGGAAUGAAUACAGGUCCAACAUUUUCCAUUCCAAAGCCAGAACCUGUGAACCCUAACCCUUCUUCAACGAACUCGUUAAUUCCUUCGGAAAUAGAGAGUUUGUCACCAACACAACCACAACAACCAUCUAUGAGUCAUCAACCAGAAACAACAGGACAUGAAUUAAAACCAACAAGUAACUCGAAUUCAAAUUCAGAACCUAUCCAGCUAAUGAAUCUUCCUAUUAAGCAAGAAACAACGAUCAAGAGACAAAGAAAAUUUACAUCUCAAGUUAAAACAAGUCUCAUUGUUUAUUGGAAUCAAAAUCCAACAGAGAGUGGAACUGAAUUCUUUCGAUCAGAGACUAGAAUGCGAAAUUUCCUGAGGCAUGCUUCUCUUGAUGACUCGUACAUGCAAGUGUUGAAACAAAACGCAGGAUCAAUUUUAAUAGAAUACGAAAAUGCAAGGUCUGGCAAUAAUGGAGUGGCGUAA